CCGUGCCCCUGGAGAACCGUCAGUCCUGGGUCCAGAGUGGCACACGGCCGUUGCCACCUGCAGGCUCAGCAGGCUGCUCACAGCAGGCCCAGCGGGGCCAGGAUCCAUCACACCUCCCAGCAGAGACGAGCCUGAGAAGGAGAGAAGAAAGCUUUGAGGGGAGCACGGGCUGAGCGUUGCCCACACGGCUGUCGUGCAGCCUCCACAUUCCUGCACAGCAUCCUGGGGCUGCGGGCAGCAUGAAGGACUAUUUCCCAGUCUCAAUGCCCCGGUACAGUCGGUAUCGCCAGAGACUGAGAGCUUCACGUACGGUGCACUUCCCCAACGACGUCGUCUUUCAGGACCACAUCAGGCAGGGGGACCUGGAGCAAGUGGGCAGGUUCAUACGUGCCAGGAAAGUGACUCUGGACACCAUCUACCCCUCUGGCAUGGCUGCCCUGCACCAAGCGGUGCUCACGGGGAACCUGGACUGCGUCAAGCUCCUGGUGAAGUACGGCGCCGACAUCCACCAGAGGGACGAGAACGGCUGGACGCCCCUGCACAUGGCCUGCAGCGACGGCCACGCCGAUAUCGCCAGGUACCUCUUGUCGCUGGGAGCCAGCCUGGAGGCAACCACGGACGACGGGGAGAAGCCGUCGGACCUCAUCGACCCCGAAUACAAGGACCUGGUGGAGCUUUUCCAGGCCGCCACGAUGGACUGAGGGGGACGGGCGUCACGGCCGGGCAGCGGGGCUGCGCGGGGCUCGGGCUGGGUCCGGGCGGGGCGGCGGGGCGC